UGACACAUCUUCACCUACAGAAGCUCGAUGGCACCGAGUCACUGCUGACAUCCACACUUUUACUUCCAUCUGAUCUUAUAAACACACACGGGAUUAUAAAGCUGAACCGGGGAUUAAGUGAGGAUGUCUGCGCCGGGUUACAGCAAUCUGAACUCCGCUGUGAAUGACUACAGCUCAGCGCAGAACGGCGGGGACACGGCGGCGGAUCCCAGCGCCACCAGCGCCGCCUAUCACAGAAACGGUCCAGGUCAGACCCACCCGACCAUGUAUCCCGCCUCGAACUACUACGGCGCACCUCAGCACGGUUACCCGGCCAUGCCAGCGCCCCCGAACCCCACCGUGCCUGGAAAAGUGCCCCAGAUGAACACCAACAGCACUAACUACUACCCCAACAGCCACCCUCCGACCGGCCCGCCGCCCGUCUCUGGAUCAGCUUAUUACUCUGCUGCUCCGGCCCAGAUGACCAGCGGUGCCACCCCUGCUGCUUCUGCUGCCCCUCAGUACCCACCCCAUUCGUACCAACAGCGUUACACUGCACCCGCUAACUACUACGGACAGAAUUACGCCACGCCCGCACCGGCUCAGCAGAACCAGAACCCACCGCCGGCGUCCAGUGGCGCUAAUCAGGGUCCCCCAAUGUACCCCAUUGUUUCCUACCCAUCAGCCCCGGGCAGCAGUCAGUACGGAACGCUGAGGUCGUCCCAGACCGCCGCCGGACCGCCGCCUACCCAGACUGCUCUGCAGCCGCAACCCCAGCAGCAGUAUCCUCAGGGUAACAGGGGCACACCCACGCUAGUGCAGCAGGCGUACGGAGCCCCGCCCUUAGAGCAGACGGCAGCUGUCAACGGCCAAGCAAGUGCAGGUCCGCAGCACUAUAACCAGCAGGCUCCUCUUCCUCCGGGCCCCGAUGGGCAUCGCCCACCAUCGGGCACCCCGUCCACAUCCGUGCACUCUUCCCCGGGACGCCAGUCUGGGCCGCUGAUUGGUGGAUAUGGGGUCAAUAGAGCCGCUAGUUCCUCCACAGGGUUGCCAGGUGACCACUCCUCAUCCAGCUCGGACCACGAGGACGAGGAUGAGGAGGAUGAGGAAGCAGGUGCAGACAGCUCCUCCACCACUACAGGGAGCGCGUCUCCUGUUCCCAACAGCUACGAGUCUAUGGAGGGAGGAAGUUACCCAGCCCCGUCCUCGGUUCCUCCUCCUCCGUCCACGGAACCUCCCAAACAGGCCCCGCCUUUCGGGUACAACUACCCGACCCUGCAGCCCGGCUACCAACAAGGCCCCGCUCCCAGAGCUGAGCCCAUGCCCACUUCCUCGCAGGGAGGGUACAAUCCCGCCGGAUACCAGCCGUAUUCACAGCCCUUCCCCAGUAUGAAUCAGCUCUCGGCAGCGCUGGGUGGACUGAGCGGCGUUCCCGAGCUGGAGACGGAAGCGCUGCGGCCUAUGAACCUGCUACAGGAACGGAACAUGCUCCCACCUACGCCCAUCACGCCACCCGAACCAAAACUCAGCACCGACCUGCGCAAGGUCAACUGCAGCCCGGAUACGUUCCGCUGCACCCUGACUAGCAUCCCUCAGACUCAGGCUCUGCUGAACAAAGCGCGCCUGCCGCUGGGACUCCUCCUGCACCCGUUCAGAGAUCUGACACAAUUGCCGGUCAUCACCUCUAACGCUAUCGUUCGGUGUCGUUCCUGUCGGACGUACAUCAACCCCUUCGUGUCGUUCCUGGACCUGCGCAGGUGGAAGUGCAACCUCUGCUACCGUGUGAAUGAUGUUCCUGAAGACUUCAUGUACAACCCGGUCACGCGUUCCUACGGUGAGCCGCACAAAAGACCAGAAGUGCAGAACUCCACCGUCGAGUUCAUCGCCUCCUCAGAUUACAUGCUGCGACCUCCUCAGCCUGCAGUGUACCUGUUUUUGCUGGACGUAUCCCACAAUGCCGUGGAGACGGGCUACCUGAGCGUGCUCUGUCAGUCCCUUCUGGAAAACCUGGAGAAGCUGCCCGGAGACACCCGGACCCGAAUCGGAUUCGUGACGUUCGACAGCACGGUUCACUUCUACAACCUGCAGGAGGGGCUUUCACAGCCGCAGAUGCUGGUGGUGUCCGACAUCGAUGACGUGUUCAUCCCCACCCCGGACAGUCUGCUGGUGAAUAUGAAGGAGAGUCAGGAGCUGGUGAAGGACCUGUUGACCGCGCUGCCUGGGAUGUUCACGCACACGCGGGAGACCCACAGUGCCCUGGGCCCGGCUCUGCAGGCCGCCUACAAGCUGAUGACGCCCACCGGAGGCCGUAUUUCUGUGUUCCAGACGCAGUUACCCACCAUCGGAGCGGGACUGCUACAGUCACGAGAGGAUCCGAAUCAGAGAUCCAGCACCAAGGGUGUGCAGCAUCUGGGUCCUGCUACAGAUUUCUAUAAGAAGCUGGCCCUGGACUGUUCGGGUCAGCAGAUCGGUGUUGACCUGUUCCUGCUCAGCUCUCAGUACGCUGAUCUGGCUUCUCUGGCGUGCAUGUCUAAGUUUUCGGCCGGCAGCGUUUUCUACUACCCCUCGUUCCACCACGCGCACACUCCGGCUCUGAAGGUGAAGCUGCAGAAAGACCUGCAGCGCUACCUCACCAGGAAGAUCGGCUUCGAGGCCGUCAUGAGGAUCAGGUGCACCAAAGGAAUGUCCAUCCACACGUUCCACGGCAACUUCUUUGUGCGCUCCACUGACCUGCUGUCUCUGGCUAACAUAAACCCAGACUCCGGGUUCGCCGUGCAGGUUUCCGUCGAGGAGAGCUUAGCCGAUACGACACUAGCGUGCUUCCAGGCCGCCCUGCUCUACACGUCCAGCAAAGGUAAACGGCGAAUCAGAGUGCACACGCUGUGUCUGCCUGUGGUCAGCCAGCUUAACGAAGUGUUUGCUGGAGCCGACGUUCAAGCCAUCAGCUGUCUGCUCGCCAACAUGGCUAUCGACCGCUCUCUGUCCUGCAGCGUUUCGGAUGCCCGGGACGCCCUGGUGAACGCCGUGGUGGAUUCGUUGGAGUCGUAUCGCGCCAACGUGUCUAACGCGCAGCAGUCCGGUGUUGUUGCACCCUUCGGCCUGCGCCUCUUCCCCCUGUACAUACUCUCUCUGCUCAAACAGAAAGCGCUGCGGACGGGGACGAGCACGCGGCUGGAUGAGCGAGUGUUCGCCAUGUGCGAGUUCAAGAGUCAACCGCUCAAACAGAUCAUGCACAUGAUCCACCCCGACCUGUAUCGCAUCGAUAACCUCAUCGAACAGGGGGCGCUGCAGUUGAAUGAGCGAGUCAUUCCUCAGCCUCCACUGCUGCAGCUCACAGCUGAGAAGCUCACCAGAGAGGGAGCGUUCCUCAUGGACUGUGGCAGUGUGAUGUAUGUGUGGGUGGGGAAGUCCUGUAACGAGGAGUUCCUGCGGGACGUACUGGGCUGUGCAGACUACACAUGCGUACCGACCAGCAUGAUGGAGUUCCCCGUGUUGGAGACUGUGGCGUCUGAGAGAACCAGAGAGUUCGUGACCUGGCUGCAGGAGUCCAGAGGAUUCAGCGCGGCGCUUUAUCUGUACAAAGACGACCUGUCGGCCAAGAGCAAUUUCUUCCAGCACCUGGUUGAGGACCGAUCCGAAUCUGCCUUCUCCUACUACGAGUUCCUGCUCCACGUCCAGCAGCAGCUCUCCAAAUAGAACUGAAGCUGGUCUGCUACACACCUCAGACCCACCUACCCACCACAGCAGGGGCGUCGUCCCACCGUCCUGCAGAGAUAGACACACCCCUCCUACCUGCCGCCGGCCAGUCACAGCCUGCGGUGCCUAAAGGGGGGCGGGGCUACAGAUCACCCAUCGAGGGAUAAUAAAGCAGCAAAUCGAACACGUGGACUGGUAUAAACUGUGCAAACGGAUGAAGACGCUCUACACACACACACACACACACACACACACACGGGACUGAUUGCUCUUUUGAGAUUAAUCUUGUUUUAGGCACAAAUAUAUCCGAGUCCUAAUCUACGUCGUUUUGUUUUGUCCUCUUUUCAUUUGUUCAUCAUGUGCAUGGACACGAAUGUGAUUUACCUGCUUCUGUGAUUAUGUCCUCCUCUCUCACCUGUAACAGUAACGCCGCUCUUUUCCUUUACCCGUCUGUAACACUGCCGUCUGACCUCGCCCUCCUCUGUAGACGCCUCCUUCAUUCCGUCCUCCUCUCGUCUCUGCCCGUCCUCCAUCCUAUCAUUUUUAUUCCCCUUAUGUUUUUUAGUAAUCAGGAGUGCGCACGGGUGUAGUUUCCUACCGAGCGCUAGUGGGUCUAUAUAUCGAUUUCUAUACUGACGAGGUGGAGCGGUGUCGUAGCCCGAACGCAGACACACACACACACACACACACACACACACACACGUUAACACUCACCCUGAGCUGCCGGGAUCCCGAUCAGGAUCUGGAUGUAGAUCAGACUGUGGAAGCUAGGAUCCAUCCUCCUCUUCGAUUUUCUGGGGGAACUGAGCGCAGCGACGCCUCGCUCUCCACUUUGUAACUCUGGAGAAAAGAAAUAUUUUAUGUGCGAUAAUUUAUGAUGAGCUUAUUGAAUAAAAUGAAAGCCUAUUCCUC